AAAAAUAAAAAACCAGUGAUAGGGCACAAGCGGUCGGAAGCAGGCCUCCAAAGUCGAAACGCAGAAUGACAUGACGCUGCCGUAGAAGUAGAAAAUCCCCAGUUCAAAUCUACUAAUAUUAGACCGUGUGGUGUCAGUGUGGACACUAAAAUCGUGAUAUCAAAUACCGUUUUUAACUUUUAAAAAAAAAAAAAAAAAAAACGUGAACUGAAAGAAGGAUUUCUAAAAAGUAAGUAAUACUCCUCCUCGUCCUGGAAGUGGAAAAUAGCUACUCUAGCUAGUUGUAAAGCUCAGAGGAACAGAACCGAACUGAACCGAAAAAAAUGUCAACGAAACGCAGACGAGAUUAUUACGACGAAGACGACAACAACGGCGAGGAGUACGAAAACGACGCCGUAUUUGCCAACGGCGGCAAGAGCCAGAAAGUUGAAGUGGAUCUCUCUCUCUUGGAAGCCUUAGAGAAAUCCCAAUCCCAAAACAAGAACGCAGUCGAAGUGGUCGACCUCAAAACCCUAAAGAAACUCGUCCUCUCCUUCGAGCGAAAGCUCAAGGACAACAUCGAAGCUCGCCUCAAAUACCCUAACCAGCCCGACCGAUUCGCCGACUCCGAAAUCGACCUCCACGACGACCUCCACAAGCUCAGCAUCAUCGCCGGAGCUCCCGAGCUAUAUCCGGAUCUCGUCCAUCUCAAUGCGAUUCCUUCGAUUUUGAACCUCCUUGCUCACGAUAACACCGAUAUCGCGGUCGAUGUGGUUCAGUUGCUUCAGGAUCUGACGGAUCCUGAUGUGUUUGAGGACGAUGAGGAGAGUGAUGAGCCGGCUAGGGUUUUGGUUGACGCGCUGGUGGAGAACAAUGUGCUCGAGCUGCUUGUUCAGAAUCUGCAGCGGUUGAACGAUUCCGAUCCCGAUGAGAUGGCCGCGGUGUAUAGCACGCUCACGACGGUGGAGAAUCUGGUGGAGGUGAAGCCUGCGGUGGCGGAGAUGGUGUGCGAGAGGACGAAGUUGUUGAAGUGGUUGCUAGGGAAGAUAAAGGUGAGGGAGUUUGAUAGUAACAAGCAGUACGCGUCGGAGAUUCUGGCGAUUUUGUUGCAGAAUAGUGCGGCGAAUCAGAGGAGGGUAGGGCAGAUGAACGGCGUGGAUGUGGUGCUUCAGGCCGUGGCGAUGUACAAGUCGAAGGAUCCGAAGAGUUUGGAUGAGGAGGAAAUGGUGGAGAACUUGUUUGAUUGUUUGUGUUGCCUGUUGAUGCCGUUGGAGAACAAGGAGAGGUUUGUGAAGGCCGAAGGUGUGGAGUUGAUGAUCAUUAUUAUGAAGCAAAAGAAGUCGGCUUAUAGCUCGGCUAUUCGGGCACUUGAUUUCGCUAUGACCAAGUAUCCUCCGGCUUGUGAGCGUUUCGUUGAUGUGUUGGGAUUGAAGACUGCCUUUGCUGCAUUUAUGGGUAAGAUUCCUGUGAAUAAGAAAAACAAGAAAGAGCGCUACCAAGAGGAGUUAGAAGAGCGAAUCGUGUCACUUAUUGCUUCAUUAUUUGGUGGAAUUUUGAGGGGUUCUAGAAGGGAAAGAUUGUUGAGUAAAUUUGUUGAAAAUGAAUGUGAAAAAAUAGACCGACUUAUGGAGCUUUAUAUGAGAUAUUCUGAUAGAGUCAAAACAGAGACCGAACGGCUAAAUCAUCUUGAACUCGAUGACUUGGAGAUGGAUGAAGAGGAGAAGUACAACCGGAAGCUAGAAUCUGGGCUUUACACUCUUCAGCUGAUCCAGGAAAGUAAUGGAGGUUAUAUGUGAUAAAAGAGAAGUUUCAGAGGCUAGGGCUGGUUAUGUUUAUAAUUGUAGAUUUGUAAAACCAGAAAAAAGAUGGUGCAAAAUCGGAGGGCCCUGGACUUUUCUAUGUUGCUGUUCUAAUGCUACAACGCAGCAUUUUGAUCGAUUAGAGUUUCCAAUCUUAUCAAGCUGUCGUCUGGAUCACACUUAGUAGGCUUCUGAUAAAGCUAAUAGUCUUAGAGGAGGGUUGAUUCUGUUAUAUGAUAGACCCAGAACAAUUGUGUUAAUUCUCUAUGUCGAGUAAAGUAAUUGGGAAUAACCGGUUCAUUCCGGCUUUUAAAGAGCUCUUGUAGUUCUGGGAGCCUGUACCAGAUCUCUUGGUCAAAAGUGUUUGGUGAAAAAAUAAAGUAGAAGGGAAGCAGUUUGGAAAAUUAUACUUUUGAGCGGAAAUGGAUCUAAAGGACCAGCUACUUUUGUUUUGCAUGUGAAAAUAGUAAAAUUGCUUGCCCUUGCAUUAUGGGAAGGGAAUUAAUCUUUGGCUGAAAGGAAUUUUAACCAGUAGUAUAGAUUGUUUUUCUCCUUUGUUUAAUGGCAGUCUCUACUUUUAUGUGA